GUACGCGGGUCCCUCAUGUACUAGGCGGUAAUUCACGCGGUUAAUGUUUUUUAAAUGCCCUCCUCUUCUUUUUUUCGACUGAACGUUGCCGUGUGUUCAACGAGGAGCACGUAGUACUUAAAUUAACACACCUGUCAACUUUCUCUCUCUUACUCUAUCAUUUGGUUCGGUUUCAAUUACAGGUUUUUACUCAUUACGCAAUUGACACGGUCAAAUAAGAAGAUGACACUUUAAUGUCGUUGGGUGUUGAGCUAUAUAUUACUUUGGACAUUCUUUGUUGCCCUUAAAUUGUUAUUUGUAUUUCUCUGGUGGCUCCUGUUCAAGGUUUAACACCUAUCUGAAACGAUUUGACCAUUUUUACAACGAUCGUAAAACCGGUAUUCGACAUCCGAUACCGUCGGGCGAUUCCAUUUCAUUGAAAUAGAAACUACUUUCUAGUUAUCCUUCCGUAGAUUAUUUUUAUGAUAGGAAUAUAUUUGUUUGAUGUAAAAAGCUGAGCUUUUGUGUGGUCCACUAAGUUGGAAAUCAGUCGGAGAAAAGAUAAGCAUGUAUAAAACGUAGUCAAACAAUGAGGAAAAAACCAUAAUCCCUCUCUCUUUCUCUCUCAUCGGUGCGUUUUGUCCCAACGAUUUUUAAUUGACCGUUUCCCAUUGAUAUUUCUGUUGUUUCGCUCUUACCUUUCCAUUUAUUAUAACAGGGAGCUAUCACGGAGAAAGUUUCGUCUUCUUCGCGAGAGAGAGAGAGAGGGAGGCCCAACAUCGGGGCGGGUAUACCCCCAAAGAAACGCUGGAGACUGCCGAAGUUAAUAUAAAGGGCUUCUCCUUUAGCAAAGUCUUGCCAUUCGUGCUUCUUCUCUCUUUGUGCGCAGCCGGCGCUUCUUUUCUUUUCAUCUCUGCAACACGAAAAGAAGAAAACAUAAUUUCUUCAGCUGAUGGCGCGGAUAUCCCUGUGUACGUCGGCGAUGUUUCUCUCCACAUUUGGGAUCGUUCUUUUGCUGAUCGUUUCCAAUUCUGCAACUGGGAUCACCGAAGAGCCAGUCGACGAUCAACAAGCCGACGAAUCUAAAAGGUCGACUCAUUCUCAGAAACUCGAACAAGGAAGAACACGAGGAGAAUAUAGGAUUUUUUUACCAGAUAAUCGAUGGCAAAUUGUAUCUUAUGUAGCUGAUGAUGACGGUUACCGGGCCACUGUACGUUACGAGAAUGGACCGCACGAUAUUCCACGAUCGGAACAAUCUCACUGGGGAUUUGCAACUGGAAGUUUGCAGACUCCUGUGAGCGGUGAACCUGGUCCGAAUGUUCCACCGAUCUAUCCACCUAGAAAUCAAUUUCCUCCGCAGAAUUCCGGGCAGCCUCCAUUAAGCAAACACGCGUUCCCGACGCAACCUUAUCAAGGAGUUGUGACCAGUCAGGUGAACACUUUCAUCGUUCAUCCUACUCCGACAGAUAGAGGACGUGAACUUGAAGAUGGGCGGAAGCGACCUGAACAGCAACGCCCAUCCAAUUUUCCUGGCGGAAUAGAACAAAAACCACUCCAUCGUAAUCCACCGACAGAUCCAGCUUCUGCACCCUCCUCUUCUCCACCACUUCAUCGUAAUCCACCUAAAGGUCCUGCUUCUGCAUCUUCUUCUUCUCCACCACCGGUUUACAUCGCCCAGCCGUACGCUGCUCAACAGCAACCACGUCCUACGACUCCACCGCCAAUCUACACUGCUCCUCGUCCAGAUAAGUUCCCAGAUCCACCAGUUUACAUUCCAAAAGAAAGCACUCAAAAAUUUGAGGAACAAGCUAGUAUAAUCUAUGAUCCAAACGUUUAUCAUCCAUUCUACCAACCUACAGAAAAACCAAAAACUCUGGCUGCACAGCCGAUUCGUCCAUUCCAUUUACCAGAUCAGUUUUACGAAAAUCGUCAUCAACAUCAGCAAGUUGUUUCGAAUUUGGAGCGACCAGUUCGUCCUAAUCAAAUUCCACAACAACAAAAUGAACAGCGUCCCCAACAGGAACCCCCACCACAACGGUACCCACCGACUGCACCCCCUAAAGCAGAAAACCGGCCUCCUCAACAACUAAAUCUUCGUCCUUAUCUGGAUAAACCAUCCAGUAAUCAAUGGACCCCUCUUUAUGAACCAGCUCCUACCAGACCUCCAUAUCCUCCAUACGAACCCCAAUCCUAUCAGUCAACUCCGUCUUAUCCAAGCAAACCGACUGAAUCACCCCUAAAACCAUUUAAGGCUUCACCUGCUUACGAUCCUGUUGAUCCGUACGUACAACAAAGACCGCAAUACCAACCUGCGCAACCAUACGUACCCCAGCAAAGACCGCCUUAUCAGGCUCCACCUUUCUAUCCGGAGCAACAGAUUAAACCGUAUGAACCGCAACAGAAACCCGCCUACCCUGCUAAACCUGCAGAAGUAUAUGUGCCGCAACAAAGACCUUUGCCGAACUUUGCGGACAAACCAUCUGAGUCCUACGAACCACAACAGAAGCCUGUAUACAAACCUGUUAAACCCUAUGAGCCAGAGCCACCCAAGUACGUAACUACACCAUCUUAUCCUGAAGAGCCAAUCGACCAGGAUGAACCUCCGCAGAAAGCUGGAUACAAACCUAUUAAUCCUUAUGAACCGAAACCACCAAAAUAUGAAACUACACCAUCUUAUCCUGAAGAGCCGAUCGACCAGGAUGAACCCGAUAGGAAACCUGUUACCUACUUUACGAAUAAACCAGAAGAAUCAUACGAACCCCAAAAGAAACCUUCGUAUCAACCAAUUCCUACAUAUCCUGACAAACCUACCCGACCUUAUGAGCCUGAACAGCUGAAGCCUCAAUAUGAAACUACGCCAGUCUAUCCAGAGAAGUCAGAAGAGCCUCGUAAACCUGUAACUUUCUUUUCGAAUGAGCCGGAGGAAUCAUACGAACCCCAACAGAAACCAUUAUAUAGACCAAUUCCUUCUUAUCCUGACAAACCUGACAGACCUUAUGAGCCUGAACGGAAGCCUCAGUAUGAAGCUACACCAUCUUAUGCUGAAAGGCCGGUUGAACCUCAAAAGCCGGCAACUUUCUUUUCAAACAAACCGGAUGAAUCAUACGAACCCGAGCGGAAACCUGAGGAGCCGAUCGAUCCGGAAGAGAAACCCGCAUAUGAGCCUACAACUUUCUUAUCAGAUAAACCGCUCGUGUCUUAUGAUUCCGAACAGAAACCGGAACCCGCGCCUUCUUAUCCGCCCCAACGACCGCAAUAUAAUGAAGAAUACCGACCGCAGUAUCAACCGCGUCCAUUUGCCAAUCAGCAGCCAAACGGUUACCGCCCUCCAUAUUAUCCACCGCGACCUGGACAACCAAUUCGUCCUGUUUUAAAGCCUGGAUACCUUACACCGGAAUCAAAUUACCGGCCGGAAAAAAGACCUUACGGGGUUCCUGGCUACUCACCUGCAACCUAUCCGCCCCCGGGAAUCGCCAUCACUUCAAUCCGUCCAAUUCUCAACCCGAGAAAUCAAUCGUUUGUUACAACGACGCUAGACGAAUCCCUAGAAGGCGAAGCACCAACAGAACCCCCGGAAUGGGAACAAGAGGAAAUUACGACAACAAAGAAACCCGAUGCAGUUCGAAAGUACAAAGUGAAUCAACCGAUAUCCAGGAAACCGAAAUACGAAAACAGUCCUCCUCGUUUCAAGAUCACUCGACCAAUUAACAAUCGUCCAGUUCCAGUCUCUACGGUGCAAGUUCCUGUCGAGCCAGAAACCGAAAAACCGACAGAUCAAGAACAUUCGCCUUUAUUGGCUAAAUAUAAAUUCAAAGGGUCGACGACAUCCAACGAUGAAUACGGCCAACGUACACAACCGAGAAGAAAGCAACCGUCUCAGAAAGAAACCGUCUACGACUUUACAGUUACGUCACUGCUAGAAGAGGAUGGCCCAAGUGAGUCGAUCCGCGGCUACAGCAAAAUAAGAAACGAAAAUGACGAUUCAUUUUCUGUCACCGUUCUUCCUGACGAGGACCAGAUUUCUGAUUUGGAGAGUUUUCUUCCUGUUGAAGAAGAAUUUUAUUCAAGCAACACUUCAGAUUCAGAUGUCAUUUUCUUUGAUGACGGUAUUAUCCCUCCGUUGCUGUUGCGCGUCCGCGAUAAGAGUCCUCCUCCUAAAAUCGUGGAAGAUGUUACCGUCCCUUAUGCCCUGGCGGAUUAUCAAACGGACAUCCCGACGACCACCAUGAUACCCACAGAGUUUCCAUCGAUUACGGCACCACCUACAGAGAUUCCUUCAACAACCAGAACACCUACGACAGCUUAUACGACAACCACAACAACAACAACCACAGCGACUCCAAUACCAUCGACAAAGGCCGGCACCAGGAAGAAGAAGAAGCGAGUUCGAGUCAAAUCACUGAAACGAGGCAACGGAACGCUGACCAUCAUGCCGGCAAGUAAAAAAGUUCAAAGUUCUGUUUCGGUGUUGGUGAAAGAAGAAGAAAAAGCGCCGGUAGUUGCCAGCAAAAAUAGUACCGUCGCAGCUGUGCCGAGAACCAAUUCGCCAAGAAUUCGAUUCCCUCCAAGAGUCCGAUUUGUCCAAAAGACUGCCGAACGUGUUACCCGACAGAAUGACAAAACUCUGGCCGAUGAAGAUCUAAUCGCCUCGGAUUCCCUGAAUCUAGCCGUCACUAGUCAGCGCGAAAACGACGAGAUUGGUGAUCAUGCCAUCACGAUGGAGGACAUGAUGGAAUGGAGUCUGAAUUCUAUUCCAAUCGAUCGAUUAGAUCUCGUUUACGAUUCGGCCGAGUUGGAGGACAAACCCGUAGAGGAAUGAGGGCGAAAAAAGAGCAAAGCUUAUUUGUUUCCCUUUGGAUAUAACAAAAGAGAGAAUCAUGAGAAAAUUGCAUUUUCUUCCUCGACUAGUGAAAUCACCGUUUGAGAAAUCCAAAGGGAAACAACAGCGAAGCAACAGCCAUUUAGGUGCGUAACUGUGUGAAUGCGUCUUUCCCCCUUUUUUUUUUACUACGGACUCUUCCUUUCAGGUUGAAAGCAUCGAAAGAAAGUACAGCCGCGUCCUAUUUUUCAGGAAAUCGCGGUUGUAAAAAAAAAAAAAUAAAACUAACCAGUUUUCACUUAUUUCGCGCGCUCCUUUCGUCGCUUUUUUUCAUUACAUAAUAAAAAGGCGUAUUCAUUCGUAAAGGGCGUAAGUCUGACAUUUUCAUUUCAUCCAAUUUCAUUUCAUUUUCAUUGCUAAUCGUGAAUCAAACGUUUUCUCAUGUGAUUAUCCCUACUCAAAUUUCAGCUCCCAUAUCAAAAAGAAAUUUCUCUAAAAACAGAAAUUAUAUAUGCUUGGUAUACGUAUAGAGAUUAUUAAUACACUGCAGUGUGUGCGUUUUA